AUGAUAGGACUCUCUAGAUUUAUUAGUUCAAUUACUUAGAGAUUAUAAAAAAAUACUAUUUCUUACAAUAUUGUACAUUCGAAUAAGGUUUAUGAGAUGAUAAUGGAUAAAAAAAAUAUAAGGGAAUUCGAAAUCUAUUUUGAUAAGAGAGUUAAGAUUUUGAGUAAUAUUAUACAUUCUAAUAUUUUAAACGAUAAAUUGAUAGAUGAAGCAAAACUGAAACAAUUGAUAUUAUAGAAUAAGACUUCAGAAUAUAUUGAAGAUUUGAUUAAGAAUAAGAAAUAUUUAAUAGCGUAUAAAUUUAUGAAUGCCUUAUAAUAUGAGAGUGUUUCUUAUUAGGUAAAUGUUUAGAAUAUAAAUGAGGAACUUAUUAAUUUAAUGAAUAAAAAAGACAUGAAGUUGUAAAGCAAGAUUAUUAAAGAGUAGCAUUUAGAUUUUAAGGAUAAUGAGAAGGUUUUGAAUUAUUUGUAUGAUGAAUCUUUAAGAUUUUUUAUUUUUGUAUUAAAAUAUUUAAUAUUAGAGAUCAGAAAUACCAAUUGAAAAAGUAGAAGAAUUAUUUUUAGGAGAUUCCACAAAAUUAUAAUUUUUGGUUGAGAAUUAUUUUAAAACAAAUUAAUAAGUGGCAAUUCAAAUAGCUAAAAGGAAUAAAAUUAAAGUGCAAAAUCCUAAUAUAUAAAAUAAGAUUAAUGAUUGUAUAGAUGUUACAUAAAAUACAUUAUUGUAAAAUGAUGAUUUCUGUAUGAUAUAUAUUACUAUUUGUAAGUACCAUCUGAGGUAAUAUUAAGAACAAAAAGGAUGGAUUAAUUGAUACUUUUAAGAGAUUUUGAUAUAUCUAGAGAAAAUGUAUAAAUGAUUGAGAAUGAAGAUUAAUUGAAUGAUGAAAUCUUGAAUGAAAUUUUAGAGGCUCCUUAAACUGGGAUUGAUACUGAAAGUUAUUAAGAACUACCUUAAACCAAAUUUUCAUCUAAAAGCAAGGUUUGCUUAUUUUAAAUAGCUUUACCAAAAAAGAUUUUUUUAUUAAACACUGUUAAAUUAUUACAGAGUUAGAAGUAUUAAUAAUUUCUAAUGAAAUAUGCAUUUAGUGAUACUUUAAAGAUUGGAUAAAAUAUAAGAUAGGAUUUUUAAUAAUUAUUAGGAUAGAUUGGAACUUAAAAUCUUGAAUUGAAGAAUUUUGUUGAGUUAUCAUAAUUAUUUUGGAUGAAAUUUCCAAAUGAGAAGAAAACAAAUUUAUCAUUUUAAUGUUUGAAGCUUUUUGGAAAAGAACUAGAUAAAGUAGAGUAAAUCUCAAAUUGGUAAUAGAGACCAUUAAGAAGUGCUUAGAUUCAUUAUGCAGCAUUGGAUGCAUUUAUUUGUUUAAAAUUAUAUAAUCACUAUAAAUAAUGA